AUGCUGCAGUGGCGCCAUGAGCUACCCAAAGAGCUGCAAUUGGCAAGCUACGCAGCUCAAGAUGAACAAUCUUCAUUACUUCAGCUGCAGGCGCUCAAUCUGCAGCUGACGUAUGAUAACCUACAAAUCAUUCUACAUCGCACGGCCGCCUUUGAGAACGAUGGGCAGCUGAACGAGCUGAGAAUGACAGGAGGAGGAAGCACAUCUCUCCAGCAGCUGUUGGACUCAGCCAUGGAUACCUCUGAGCUGUAUCGGUACUCGUCUGCCCUGCAGGCAUCCGGACGUACCCACGCCGCCAUGCACAUUGGCAUCACUCUCUUCACCGCUGGUGUCGUCCUCUGCGCCAUCCGCCUGUCCCGGCCGCUGACAGAUAUAGGCAAUCGGGCCAAGACUGGCGUCAUGCACAUUAUACGCAUGUGUCGUAGCGCGGCGGACUCGCCAACCUCCAGCCAGCAUUUGAUCUCCAGACAGAGUCUCGACAUCCUGGACAGUCUCGUCACGGUAGUUUUACGUCAGGAAACGGAGCUCAUCACGGCGAGGGUCGGUCUUGUUCCGAACAGGCCAACGUCUUUUGCUUCCACCGUGGGAACAGCGUCCGCGACUGCGCCAGUCAUUUCAAACCAACAUUUGAUCCCAGAUAGAAGCGGAGGCUCGCUACAUCCUAUUCAAGAAGUCUUUACGCAGCAUAUUCCCGGAUCAGCGAGCCGUCCUCCCUCGCCUGUCCCCCUCCUGCAACAGCUCAGUUUUUCGACGGGGGCGCCAGUUCUCAGUGGUUCAGCCGAGCCGGUCACCACGUUUGAUUGGGAUGGCGACCUUUCAGUCUUGGUGGAUCAGGGGCUUGCUGAUGCGAGUCAAGUAUGGCUAUGGGCAGAUCAUCUUGGCUACGAGACGUUUACUGCUCAGAAUAAUAGAUAG